CACUCCGACGCACAACCCUGUCCGAUUGAUGCGAGGCUGCAAGGCGCAAAUGACUCCUCCGCCUGGCCAGCCUCAUCAUCCUCAGGUUCGUGUCCGCCCGGUCUCUCCAUUCGUUUGCCUACCGUCGCCACAACCCUGUCUGGUGACAGCACCAGUCUACCGAAUGUGAUGGCCGGUUUCGCUUCGAUUGCCUCUUUUGCCCAGUCACCAGACGCCAGUUUCACAUCAAGCCACAAUCCGGCCACCGCUAUCACCGGCCUCGAAGGGGUGACUUGCCGAAACUGUCAGUGCCGGUCAGAUGUAGAGCCCAGUCCCGAGUCUGUCACCGCGGCGAUGACUGCCCCUCCCUCCGUCGCCCACGAGACCGGCUCCAGUCUCCGUCGUCUCACGCGUCUGACGACAGGCGGUGGUGACUGUGACGACGUCCAGACUCGAGCUCGAAACGAACCAAGUCCGACAGAUCAACAAGUCACCUCCACUCCCUUCCGCGGUCGAUGUGAACAACCGUUUUGUCUCAGUGAAACGGCGGCAAUGGCUGCAGUCGCUGCAGCUGCCAUGCUCACUCAAGCAAAUGUGCCUCUACGAGGCCUCAGGCCGAGGUCUCGCCAACCCCAAGUGUCCGAGGGCAGAGAUCGCUUCUGCCCUAGUCGACUAUAUGACGGUGACGGCGACGGCGAGCUUGUCUCCGAGACCGAGGGAGACUCAAAUCCUCUUGAUCGGGCGCCCGUCUGGCGUCGUUGGCAGUCGUCACGAGGUCAGGCUUUUGGAGAGUCGCCGAACGGGAUUAAUCAGUGCCGGAGGAGAAGUCGAUUUCGUGGAUCGAGGCCGUUGAGAGACAAAACCGAUUUGUCCCUUGAGGCCGGACACAGCAGAACCGAGGCUACAAUGAGGCCGGACCCGAGGGACGAGGACGAAGCAGAUGAAAAUCAGCCAGAACUGGUGGAGAACGAGGACAAAGCACUUGCAAAAGGAAUAAGUCCUCCAGGCAAGUACAUGAUGGCGUUCACUAUAAGUAGGCUUUUAGAGUAG